AGCAACACAGCGUGUGCCCUGCUGUGUGCCUGGCAGCUCCAGCACCCCCUUCCUCCCCGCCUGUAGGAGCCGAGAAGAAGUUCAGGAGCUGUGGGGCAGGCGAUAUUUUUGGCUCAGGUCACAGAUUGAUUCCUGCCCACUCUUUCCCUGCUGCUUGCAAGAAAGGGUCCCCAUCUGAGGAUGUAGAGACAAGCUUUCAAAGCCGUGGAGUGGGAGCACAGUGCUGCAGCUUCCCAGUCACCAGGUCUCUAGAAGUCACAAACAACCAGCACCUGGCAUGAUCUCAAAGGAACCUGUUAAUUUUGUAAACUGGAUUGAGUAGCAUGAUGCUCCCAACAUGCAAAUGAUUUCAGAUGGAAACAAAUUACACAUCAGAAAUGACAAUGCUGAUAACAGUAUCAUCCUCCACCCAGCCUGUUCCCAAUCACCACCCCCUCUCCCCCCCUCCCACCCUCCCAAAGCCCGGGAAGGACAACCUGCGGCUGCAGCGGCUGCUGAAGAAGGCAGCGCGCAAGAACGCCAUCCUGGCCUCAGAGCAGGGCAAGUCCUUCCGCUCCAGCCUCUCGCCUGUGAACGAAGCCAGCCCCGACCAAGAGCGUGCUGAGAGCACUGCCCCAGCCCAGGAGACCCCCGAGAGCACAGCACCCGCCUGUGCCCCCCUGCCAACCCAGCUCUCCAUCCGGCCCGUCGGCCACCGCGCCGCCUCCCCUUUCCGAAGGGGGAAGCCCUUCGCGCUGAAGGUCACCGAGCAGCGGCGCAUUGCUGAACACGUCAAGCUCACAGCCUCCUCGGCCAUGCCCCUGCUACAGAAGCCAGAAGCUCCCGAGACUCCACAGCAGCCUGAAGGCAUGGGCUCCCACCUUCCCUCUCCAUCUGACCCCUCAGUAUCUGUUCUCCCUCAGCCUCCUCCUUCCACUACACCCAGCAAAGAAAGGGCACCAGAGGUUACCUAUGUCACCAAGGUGAACACUUAUUUCCACAGUGUCAAGCCACCCAGGGCUAAGACUCCCACACCAAACCCAACCCAAGGAACUGUCAGCCAAGAAGACAAAAGGCCUACUUCCCCAGCACCUCAAACAAGCAGCUCUGAACCAUCCCCAGAGCAGACACCCACAUCACUUAAAGACAGCAAGGCCGCUCCCCCUUUGCCAAAACCUCCCCUCAUUCAUGCUUCAGAGACAGAGCCUCCUGAUCAAGCUCCCAAGCCUGUUUCUACUGAGAAGCCUAGCACCUCUGAUGCCCACACCAAUAAGCCUACAACCCACAGAAGUGACACUGAAAUACCCAGAUCCAAGACAUCUCCUGAAUUACCAGAGCAAGACAGAGACAUCCUAGAACCAUCAACAUCCAGCACGCCCUGGAGGCAAGCACGCCCAGCGACAGCAACUCCAGCACAAGCUGAUGGUCCCGGGUCCACCUCCACAGACACCAAGGCAGAACAAGUCACUGAACCCCCAAUGACUCCCAGCUUACCCAACUCCAGCUGUCCCUGCAAGGCUGAGCCAGCACCAUCAUCAGGAGAAGCACCAAGACCUCCUGGAACUGGUGCCAGUGGCUGGCAUCGCCUCAGGAAGCACUUGAUAAUGCAGCCAGAAGAAACCAACUUCCCAGAGUCCAGGCCAGAAAAGCUGGGACAGGAGGAAGGGAAUAAAGAGGACACUGCUCAAGCAGUCAUCAAGGAAGACUGCGUGCUGGUUAAAUCGAAAGCCAUGAGAAUGUGGGAUGCCAUUUUAUACCAGGUGACACUCAGCAAGGAGAAGAAGCAGCAGGCAGAGGAAAAGAAGCCACAGAAGGAAGAAAGCUUCUUUCUUCCCCGUCGUUUACCCAUCCUUCUACACAAGCCACGUUUUGACGCCCGGAAGCUGAAGGAACUGGCUGCCAAGCCCAUGACGAAGAUCAGCACCGUGUUUGAGGUGAGCCGCUUUCGGCCCAAAGGGGCCGAGGAGCACACCAAGAGCUUUAACAGAACGGCAUCAGGAUGGUCGGUCCACUGAAGCCAGGCUGCCUCACGCCUCUGGAGGUGCAGCAACCUCUGACCAAGCUUACUGCCCAGUGGAGCCAAGAGUAAGGAAAAAAGGAAAUUAAACAAAACCCCUCCAAGCCAGCAGCCCCUUGCUGCAGGUUUAAGGGUUACUCUCCAUACACUUAGAAGCUCAAAUGCAUAACUACCACAUCCACAGAUCACAGGAAAACAAACGUGUUUGUUUUAAAAAGAGUCAACAACAAUCACUGGAGGCAGUAACAGAGUGAAGGCACACAGUGAAGAGGACAAGCUGCCUACAGAAAAAAAAAAACAGGAUAAAAAGAGUAGGAUAACGGUAUCUGAUUUUUUUUUUUUUGUUGUUGCAUUUAUGUAAGAGAUUGAUCCUAGGAACAACAGCAGUUGCAUCUGAAAUGAAGGAAUCUGGGUUGCUCCACAUCUCUAGGGAGAGUCUCAGAAACCAAACUCAAAGAGGCUACAUAUAACCUCCAUCUCCUCUACUGAAAGUGUGCCCCAUGCCCAUUUGCUGAGAACAAAAAGGCACAGAUAAGAGACAGAGUAAGAUAUCCCUGCUCUCACCAAGCAGUUCCUCUGCCUAUCAAAACAGGCAUCAUCUGACACCCUCCUAGGCCAGUCUACUAAAUAGUGCAGAGAAGCAUAAUUUUGUUUCUGUAUUCGAGUUCUGUUAUGUAUUUUACCAUGUUUUCUCCACAACACCUGAUGGUUAAUAUUUCCAUGAUAACCAACAAGACCCUGCUUUAGCAUGUGUGUAUCCAAUUCUCUAUUUAACAAGGUGCUGGCUUCUGAGGAGUUCUGCUAACCACAUGUAAUCUCAUUUUCAGGGCAAGCAUCAUGACAGUUGUACACCCUCUUGUCUUUGACAUCCUGAAAAAAGGAUAUUUAAAGGAAAACUCUGCCCACCCACAGAGACAACUGUGUUUUCCAGUAUCACCCCUUACAACUCCACUGCCAGCAGGCUUGUGAUCAUAAAAGCUUGGAGGUUGGUUAUUUCUGUUUCACAAGGGGCUUGGUCAUAUGCUGGGGUGUUCCUGCACAGCUAAUAUAGGAUUGCUAUGUUUAGCCCAAGUAGAAUAUAAAGAGCUGUGUAGAGAGUUUCCUUUUACACGUGCAGAGGAUACGGAACUGACCAACAUCUCCUCAGGCCAAACUGGAAACAGGAACAAAGAAUUCCUUUUGCCUUUUUUGAAGUCUUCCUAUUUUGCAGUGAUGCUACAGAGCAGUUCAUUUAGCAAACCUUCACUUAAGUUUUCACUUUGCCAGUCUUAUCUCCAUUCUGUAACCCCUUCCCUACUCAAAGGGCAAAAAAGAAGGAAGAAUAACCCAAUUAUCUAAAGUGGGGAUUUCUUCAAACCCCCAGUUUUCAAAGAAAAAGGUAAAAAGAGGUUGGAAAUGUGCCAGUAAUCACAAGUGAAUCCUAGGUAAGUCUCUGCAGGAUUAUUUAGCAUUGCUGCAAGAGAAGGCUACAGAGAAACACCCACGCAGCAACACAGCCAUAAAAAUUUAAAGAGUGCAGCGUAAAACACGCAAAGCAGAUAAAGGGCAACCUUACCAGAGAGUGAUAAAUGGCACCUUAGUGCAGCACAGCCAGAUGGAUGCCUCUGCACAAAGGUCUGUGUGCACAAGAGCCACAGCACUGGCGUGAAGCAGAGCAGCCAACAUCAAUUGGGAGUGAAGAUGGCUUAAGAAGCACUUGUGCUUUAAAACAGCUUUUGUCCUGCACCAAGGACAGCCACCCAGAGGAAUCCAGCACCACUCACCUAAGGCUUAGGUUUUCCAUCUGCUAGGCUUCCACUCAGGCUGCAUUCCCACCCCAGCCCCCACUGUACAUGGAUGAAGGAUGGGGAAAUACCACUGAGAGAGCAAUUCCCACAAGCAGAAGGAAGGCAAGAGAGGAAGGUGGGUCUGGGUGCAUGGUUCAGCCCUUUUACCCCAAAAUCAAAGGGGGUAAGAGGCCCAUAGCAAGUAUGGCAAGUCCUGCAGAGAGACAGACCCUGACACAGAUGGGAGGGCAUGUCCGUGUAGACAACAUAUUUUAUCAAUGGCUGCUCACUGGAAGUCAUUGUGGUGUGUUCCAGCCUGAGCUGCUGUGCUGAGGAAGAGAAGGGGAAUGCUACUGGGCACAGGAUUUGCCUAUUUUUCAAUGCCAAACAGCAUCAGGCAGUUGCUAUGUGCCCAUACUGACACUUACAGAAAAAGCCUUGUUCCACAGCCUGCAGUGAGGUCCUGCAGCCCAGGAAGGGAGAGAAGGAGGAAAAACCCACACCUGUGUUUUAAGCAACUAGAAAGCUGCUAAGGUGGUAUAAAGCAAGUGACAUGAGUGAGACAGAAGGUUUGGGAGCAAGAAGGCCAUGACAAUGAUCCAGCAGUAGGGAAAAAGGAUGAAUAUAGUUCAAGGGGAUGCAGAGGAGCUGGGGAGCAGCAGAGCACACAAAACAGCUAAGAACAGAAACAAGCCAAGCUCCUUCAGCUAUCACAGCCAUUUUGCUAUUCACAGUAGAAAAAACCCCAAUACUUCCAUGUGAACAAACCCAGGGAGCAACAGUGUUGUGCCAUGGUUGUUAGGAGCACUGGGUGGAUCCUAGAUUACAUCCUGUGACAGUGCCUUGCCUUUCAAGAAAGGCUGCUGGACAAAGACCAGAGGCAAAGGCACUUCCAUUUGAGCUGCUCAGAGAAGCUCAGGGAGGGCAAACAAAACCUGCUGACAACCUAGCAAAACCUGUCUGCUGCAGAGAACUGAAGCUCAGUAGCUUCCCACCUGGUGCACUGAAACAGACCUUUAGGAGAAAAGAGGAGACUGAUCAAAGGGGAGACCUUAUAAUAGGUUUCUCUAAGUCACAGGCAGAGAAGCAAGUUGAGGAUGGAAGUUCUGUGCACUAAAACCACAGCUUCAGGCAGUCUUGGGCUUGUACUGCUACCCAUCUCAAAGUAGCAUUCAAAUGGGCAUUUCCUCUAAAUGGGCACUAAAAAGGAAAAAAACAAGCCUAAAUAAACAAAACAUUAUGCAACACUCAGAAGCCAGCUCCUUAAGGGUGGGAGGGAGGGGAAAGAAGGAACACAAGCCUCAGAAGAAUUCAGAAACAAAAGGUGUUUUGUAGCAGGCAGAGCUAUUUUAACCUUGGCAGUGAAAUAAAGCUUCUUUUUUAUAGUAGAAAA